UUUGUAGAUGAUCACAGUCCUGCAGCGCCCCCUGCUGUCUACACGUCACAGCUGCAGCUCACCUGCUCAGGUGAGGCUGUCACCUGGCUGCUGCUGAUCCUCUCACUGAAGCAUGGAGCUGGCCUACGUGUGCGAGUGGGACAAACGUCCUAAGAGCACUCACUGUCCGUCCAUCCCGCUGGUCUGCUCCUGGUCCUGCAGGAACCUGGUGGCGUUCACCACGGACCUGAAGAGUGAGGAUGACGACAAAGAUGUCAGUCACAUGAUCCACAUCAUCGACACUGAGCACCCGUGGGACGUCUUCUCCAUCAACUCUGGACACAGCGAGGUCAUUUCCUGUCUGGAGUGGGACCAGUCAGGCUCCCGCCUGCUGUCAGCGGAUGGUGACGGUCAGAUCAGGUGCUGGUCCAUGUCGGAUCACCUGGUCAACAGCUGGGAGACCAACCUGUCCAGCUCUGUAGACGGAGACCCCAUCGUUGCUUUGAGCUGGCUGCACAACGGUGUCAAACUGGCGCUGCACGUGGAGAUGUCCGGAUCAACAAACUUCGGAGAGAAGUUCUCGCGGGUGAAGUUCACUCCUUCUCUCAUUCUGUUCGGGGGUAAACCCAUGGAGGGCUGGUUGGCCGUGACGGUCAGCGGGCUGGUCACCGUGUCGCUCCUGAAGCCGGGCGGGGCUCUGCUGACCGCCAGUGAGAGUCUGUGUCGGCUGAGAGGACGCGUGGCGCUGGCCGACAUCGCCUUCACAGGAGGAGGAAACAUCGUGGUGGCCGCCACCGACGGCAGUAGCUCCUCCCCCAUCCAGUUCUACAAG